AUGGGUGCCUCCAAGUACAACCACCUCGAGGAUGAGGUGACCUUUGGUGCGACCGUCGACACACCCACCAAGACCCAAAACCACCUCGCGCCCAAUGUUUUCGACACUCCCAAGUCGCUCAGUCCCGUUGUCACUGUCGACUCGCCAUCGACGCCUGACGAAGAGCGUUUGACCCCAUUCUACGCUGCCCCUUCUGCCGAGAUCUCUCGCCAAACACUCCCAACUGCCCACGACAAUGACCUCGAGGCUGCCCGCAAAGAGGGCUACUUCAUCACUUCAAACCCCAUUGGCUCAGAGCUCAACCUUCCUUCUGAGAUGGCUACUGUAUCGGCCGUCCCCACUGGAUCCCGCUUGAGCUUCGAUGGCCGUACCAAAGAAUGCACAAUGUGGCCAACCAAGCAAACACUCCGUAACCAGGAUAAGGCCGAGAGAGCUAAGCGCAGAGCUGCCAGAGCCUGUGGUUGCAACAGCAUCAAUGCCUGGUGGAGCAGUAUCACCAAGAAGCAAAGACUUUGGUUCAAGAUCCUCAUCGCUGCCUUCAUCGUUGCCAUUGCCUGUGGUCUGGGUAUCGGUAUCAGCAAGGCCGUCGGUGCUGGCGUCUUCGCUGGCAAGGGCCAAACUAAGCCCAUCGCCAACGCAUAG